AUGAAGGAGAUGCUGGAAAACACGACAGACGUCUUCAAGACAUCUGUGAAGCAGCUCGAUCUCAAUGAGAGCUCAGGUGUGUCAUACUUGCAUGAUGAUUCGAGCCCGGACGAGCAUGGAAGCUGUAAUGUAUCGACCACGUUGAUCGAUCAAACAGAAGAGAACGUGGCGAUGAAGGAAAGAGCGUUGGAGGUGAUUACUGAGCGAGUGGACAACAUGGAUCUCGCGCUCGGGCUGAACAACCUCGGCGGGUUCCAACCACUGGUGGAUUGUCUCAAGAGCAACCACAGCGGGGUCCGAUGGCGGGCAGCAGAUGCGAUAGCCGUCUCCGUCCAGAACUAUCAGAACAUGCAGCAGAUUGCAGUGGAGUACGGCGCUCUCAACCUGCUGACUCAGAUGUACGCGAACCGAAGUGAAGAGUCCUCGACGAGAUACAAGGCAAGGGCGAGAGGCUUUGGAGGGCUCCUGUGUCUCUUGUUUCUUAUGGGGAACUCAACGAGUGAACUCUGGUUUUUGUUCAACAACGGCCUUGCGAUGCUGCGGAUAGGAGAGAUUCGUAUCAAGCGGAAAGCGACUUUCGUCAUGUCUCAAUUACUCAAGUCCAACGCGAUGCUGAGGCAAGCUGUUGUGCUGGUGGAACGGGGAGACAAAGGAAAGGGAGUGCUCCCAGAGCUCGUCAACCUCCUCAUACUUGGAGGAAACACGACAGACUCACAGGUCUUUGAAUUUGCCACCUCUGCACUUCUUGCGCUGUCACAGGACCAGGACCAGGAGCAGGCAAAGAUGAUGAGAGAAGAAUUCCCUGGGCUUGUUAAAGUGCUCAAGGAGAGGCAGGACAUGCUGCUGCGUGAUGGAGCAAAAUCAGAAGACGAGGACUUGCAAGAACUGACUCAGCUCAUCGACACAUUGCAAGCCCCCCCCGCCAAAUGA